AUGUCUCCGAAAAAGAAGAAAACCCAGAGCCAAGCUGAAACAGAAGAUGGAGAUGAAGAAGAAGAGGUAGAAGAUAGGCCGGUUAAUAAGACGGGCAAAAAGAAAUCAAGCAGGCAUACUGUGGUACAAGAUCAAGACGAAGACGACUUUAAUGACCUUCAAGAGGAAAAGCAACAUCGUAAAUCAAAGAAAAAGUUAAAAGAGGAAGAAAAGGAGAACAAAGUCAAAGGGAACAAAAAGCCAAUAAUAUAUGAAGAACCUGAGUUGACUUACAAUGAAGUGGACUAUGAUGAGGGCUUGGUAGAACAAGAAAAGGAUUGUUACACUCCAACCCAGGAAUAUCAAUUGCCAAAAAAACAAAACGAGAAAGACAAAAAGAAGGGGAAAAAUGAAAAGGGGAAGAAACCUAAAAAGCUGAGCUUAGUGGAAGAGUAUGAGCAAGAGCUGCUUCAGUAUCACUCAGCAUCAUCCAAUGAAGAAGAAGAAGAUGAUUAUAACAAGAAGAAAGUAUACGAGGUGGUCACGGUGACAGGAGACAUCCGAGGGGCCGGAACAGACGCCAAUGUGUUUGUCAAACUCUUCGGAGAAUUCGGAAUUACUCCCAAGAUUCACCUGACCAGCAAGAGUACGACUGCCUUCGAAAGGUCAAAGACUGACGUCUUCCGGGUCAAAACCAAUAACGUUGGACCACUCAAGAAGAUCAGAAUCGAACACGAUAACACAGGACUGAACGCAGGAUGGUAUCUGGACCGGGUCAUCAUAACGGAUAUGAACAGGCCCCAUCUUCGUGUCUACUUUCCCUGCAACAACUGGCUGAGCAAAGAAGAUGGAGAUGGACUUUAUGUCAGGGAUCUGCUGGGCAGUUUCGAUCCUAUGGAUGUUCCCAAAACAAACAAAUAUAUUGCAAGAGUUUUUACUGGCGCAGCCAAUGGCAGUGGGACGGAUGCAGAUGUUUUUCUCAACAUUUUUGGGGAGAAAGGAGACACAGGGGAGAGGAAACUUGACAAUGAUAGAGACAAUUUUGAGAAAGGCGCAGAAGACAAAUUUACUAUUGAUGCACCAAAUCUGGGGAAAAUAACGAAAAUCUCCAUUGGCCACAACAACAAAGGAGGAUCAGCUGGCUGGUUUCUGGAGAAGAUUAUUAUUGAAGAUAUCGGAAACAAAGCGGUUUACCAGUUCCUUUGCUCUCGCUGGCUCGCUAUAGAUGAAGAUGAUGGAAAGAUUCAGAGAGAUCUGCUCGUGGGAGGGAAUGAAGCAACAGGCAUUGUGUACACCGUUUCAAUUAUGACUGGAGAUAUCCGAGGUGCCGGAACAGACUCCAAGGUCCACGUCAUCCUCCAUGGAGAGAAAGGUUUGAAGAACAGUGGCAAGCUCUUCCUGGAAGGAGGGGAAUUCGAGAGAGGAAGGAUAGACAUUUACAACAUUGAAAUCGCAGCCUUACUGAGCCCUCUCACCAGAGUGACAAUUGGACAUGAUGGACACGGUGUGGGGGCUGGAUGGUAUUGUGAGAAGGUUAUAGUUUACUGCCCAUUCACUGGAAUUGAGCAGACGUUUCCAUGUGGCUAUUGGUUGGAUGAAGAUGAAGGCGAUCGCCUAAUAGAGAGAGAACUCUACGAAAUGUUAUCCUUGCGCCAGAAGAGGCAGAAGAAACAGCCAUGGUCUCUUUGGAUAUGGACAAGUGAUAUGAAAGGUGCCGGAACCGAUGCCAACAUUUUUCUUCAGGUCUAUGGAGAGAAAGGAAAGUCUGAUGAAAUGAAGCUGGACAAUAAAUCCAAUAACUUUGAAGCCGGGCAGGUGGACAAGUUCAUGAUUGAACUUCCGGAUCUGGGAGCUCUGUACAAAAUCCGAAUUUGGCACGAGAAGAGAGCGGCCUUUUCCGGCUGGCAUUUAACUAAGUUAACCCUGCUGCAAACAGUCACCAAAGUGAAAUAUAACUUUAAAUGCGGGCGCUGGUUGGACAUAAAUGAAGAAGACCAUGAAAUUGUAAGAGAGAUUCCCGCAGAGGGGCCACUCGUGGACUCAGUCCUGCCCGGUGAGAAGCCCACUAUUGGGAGUAUUUACAUAAUAUUACCAUGCGGAUGGGAUAAUCGUUUGAAUUAA